AUUUCAGUGUUUUAAGUAAAAUGAAUUAUCUCAAUCUGUUAAAUAUUUUACUUAUACUAUCACUGGAAGUUGCAUCAAGUUUUUCAAAGAGUUGCCCAAAUAAUACUGAAUGUAUUUCCAUUUAUAACUGUACAUAUUAUGAACAAUUGUAUAAGGCAACUAGGGACUACGCAAGCAUUAUUCGUUGCAAUAAGCGUGAUGGAACAGUUUGCUGUCCCAUAGAAGAAAAACCAACAAUCUCGGAAAAGAAAUGUAUGGAAUUCGCAGAAAUUGAAAAUUUUUGUCCAAAGGGUGGACUUAUCAGGGAUGGCAUUCCGGCAGAGCCGCAUGAAGCACCAUUUCUGGUGUCAGUUCAAUUAAGCAAUCCAGGUGAAAAAAUUUACUCUUGGGAAUGCGGUGGUACAUUGAUAGAUCCAAAGUUUGUUCUCACUGCAGCACAUUGCUUUGAAAGAUUAGAAGAUAAUCCGAAAUUAGAGGUGUCCGUGCUUUUAGGUGCCCAUUAUAGAAAUGACUCCGGCGAACGUAUCAUGGCCAGCGUAAGGUUUCAUCCUGAAUACAAUGACUCCAAUAGAACGUUCGGUGACAUUGCUCUGUUGGAACUUAACAGGGUCGCAAAUAUUACUAAGAAAAAUAUAAGACCAGCUUGCUUACCUAAAACUAAUGGCAGUGAUACCAAAGAAUUUGUGGUUGCUGGUUGGGGAUAUAAUAUUGGUAUGACUCAGCCGAAUGGAUUAUUAAAGACAACUUUAGUACAAAAGGAUAUUGAGAGUUGCCCUACAGAAAGGAAGACGGAUAUAAAUAAACAAAUUUGUGCCGCCCCACCCGGUGAUUAUGGAGAUGUUUGCCAAGGUGAUUCUGGUGGUCCAUUAUUUGUUGGAUAUCCUUACCGUGAUGAUUGCUUCUUUGCGAUAAUGGCCUUAGUUUCACGUGGAAAGGUUUGCGAUGCACGGGGCUCAUAUACCAUUCACACAAGACUUUUCUACUAUCGUGAAUGGAUAGAGAAAGAAGUAUGGCCAGAGGAAACAAUCAAACCAUAAUAUUGUCAACACUAUUGCUUUUUAUCAAUAUACCCAAUCAUUAUUC